UCGACUAGUUAUAAUACAGUAUAGAAAUGAAUCUAAAUGCAAAUGAACUAGCUACUUUACGCACAGUUUGGGAUGCUUAUUCAGCCGAUUCUAUCAGUAACGGUUGCGAUUUAUUUAUAAGAUUAUUCAAAGAAAAUCCAACAUAUAUUCAAUGGUUCCCGAAGAUUGGCCCCAAUCUUAAAAACGACCCGGAGGUUAUCCGUAUAAGUCAGACCGAUAUACGGUGGGUAUCGCGGUUUAUCGAUGCUGCCAUCGCUGGUGAUAACCAGGGCAUAAGUAGAUACUUGCGUAAACUAGCAGGGUGUCAUGUCAGAGCAAAAGUAAACGAGGUGAUGUACGAUGUAUUCAAAGAGUGCAUACUGAGUGAAUUGGUGGAAAAAUUAGGUCCCAGUGUUAUGACGGUUGAUACGGAACUCCGCGGCAACGAUGCGGUCAUCCGUAACGGUAUCUCAGACCUGGAGUUUGUGUCCAAAAUCAUUGACAGUCUCGUCGAACAGAGUCCGGAAGAGACCCGCAAACUAAUACGCAAACAGGCCGGCUGUCACAAUAGCCACAAAGUGACCGAGGGCAUGUUUGACAGAAUGAGACUGUGCGUGCUGGGUGAAUUGAACGAUAAAUUGGGCCCCAAUGUUAUGACCGAUGCUACUCAGGCUGCCUGGCAUAAAUUCUUUAAAGUCUACAUAGCGGCUCUUUACCCAGCUUGA